AUGGACCACAAAGCUUCAGUAGGUGAAUACGAUGUCUUCUUGAGUUUCAGAGGCCCCAACAUUCGCCACACCUUCAACGAUCACCUAUACACAAAUCUUGUCAGCGCAGGAGUACGCACCUUUCGUGACAAUAACGAUAUUCCCGAAGGAGUAGAGUUCGCCCCUGCACUCCUCAAAGCAAUCACAAAGUCCAGAAUCUCCAUCCCAAUAUUCACCAAGGGUUAUGCUUCCAGCAAAUGGUGCCUCCGUGAGCUUGCUGAGAUGGUGAAGUCCAAGGGACAAUUGAUUCUGCCCAUCUUCUAUGACGUCGAACCAUCUGCGGUUCGGCAUCAAUCUGGGGAUAGUGAUGCUGGGAGAACUUACGAGGAGGCCUUCCGUGAGCACGAGAGCCAUUCCGAUGGAAAAACUGUUACAGAAUGGAGGGAGGCAAUGACAAAGGUUGGAGCACUCCAAGGUUGGGAAGUCAAGAAAAUAGCCGACGGGCAUGAGGGUCAACUAAUAAAGAUGAUUGUUCAAAGAGUGUUGAUGGAGUUAAAGAGGAACGACAUGGUUCUAUCUAACAACUUGGUUGGAAUCGAUGACCAUAUAAAUAAUAUAAUGAGAUUAUUAGAGGUUAGUUCAAGUGAAAAACGGAUUGUUGGUAUCCAUGGCAUGGGUGGUAUUGGAAAGACAACAAUCGCGAAAUCCAUCUACAACAAGCUACUCAAGGAAUUUGAAUGUGGUAGCUUCCUUGCAGAUAUUUUAGAAACGGCUAAACCACACAGAGGAAUUGUUACUUUGCAAAAGCAGCUUCUUGCAGACACUCUUAAAUGGUACCCAGACAUUGCUAAUGCUAAUAGUGGAAUCAAUGCUAUUCAAAACCGAUUUCUUAGAACGAAAGUUCUCAUUGUGCUUGAUGAUUUGAAUGAAAGGUCUCAAUUUGAUUGGCUUGUGGGAAACCUUGAUUGGUUCGGUCCAGGAACUAGGAUCAUAGUUACAACUAGAGACAAGAAAGUCCUAAUUGAUCUGGAAGCAGAUGGAACGUCUUAUGAACCCCCAUAUAUGAACCUUGUGCAAUCUGUUGAACUUUUUAGCAUUCAUGCUUUCAGAAUGAAGCUUCCUCGAAUAGGCUAUGAGAAGAUCUCUAAUGAUAUUGCAUUGACUACAGGAGGGCUUCCUCUAGCUCUGGAGGUUAUAGGUUCAUUUUUGUUUGGCAAGAACGACAUACAAAUAUGGGAAGAUACAUUGGAGAAGUUGAAGAAAAUGCCAGACGAUAAAGUCCAAAAAGCAUUGAGAAUAAGUUAUGAUGGGUUGAACCCUGAGCAACAAAAAAUAUUUCUUGAUAUUGCAUGUCUGUUUAUUGGAAUGGAUAAAACAUAUCCAUUUUACAUGUGGGAUGAUUGUGGCUAA